AUUCGGUGCUAGACGGCUGUAGAGACGGAUAGAGGACCCCGUCUCUCCCCUGAGAGGUCAGCUGCACCAUGGCGGUGGUGGGGUCAGCGGCCGUCGUUCUCACUGUCCUCAGCGCCCUACAGCCCAGAGGUCUGGCGUCACGGACCGGGUACAGUUACGACUACCCGACGUACGACCGACCGGACACGUUGUAUCCGCCCCAGUUCCUGUCUGUCUCCGGACAGCACACUGUGCGGCAGGGAAACAGCACAGUGCUGCCCUGCGCUGUGCAGGACUUGGGAGCACGAAUGGUCAUGUGGAAGAAGCAGCGUCAGAUUCUGACCGUGAAGAGCCAGGUGUUUGCGGAGCAGGAGAGGAGUCGACUUCGUCUGGUGGACGGAUUUAACCUGCAGAUCAGCCGGGCCACACCCUCGGAUGCCGGCGUGUAUACGUGCACCGUAGCGCUCAACGACCGGGAUUUGGAGCAGACGCAGACACUCGACGUGCAGUAUGGUCCGACUCUGCACACCGUGCCCGAGAGCGGUCUGGUGAUCGCCGAACAGGGCCAGAACGCCACGCUCGAGUGCCACGCCACAGGAAACCCCAAGCCGCGCGUCAAGUGGAGAAAAAAGGUGGACGGCAGUUCCGCCGUUGUGGACCUGGUCGGUGGCGAGGUGCUCUCGCUGGAGAGCGUCACUCGCUCCGACGCCGGCACCAUCGAGUGUUACGCCGACAAUCCAGUGGGCGACUCGGCGUCUGUGCUGCUCACCCUGCAGGUCCUCUACCCGCCGGAGGUUGAAGUGGAGCGAAGUACCAUCUUCACGGGGGAGGGCUUCACCGCUCAGCUGGUCUGCUUGGUACACGCCGACCCUCCCGCUGAGGUUACAUGGACUAGAAGCGGCAGUCCCAUUGAUUUUGAUCGCAUCAGUCAGACAAAUGACGUCAUUAUGUCGUCACGGCACGUCCUCACCAUCGAGGAAGUGACAUUGGACGACUUUGACACGUACACGUGUAACGCUACCAACCAGCUGGGGUCUUCUCACGGGAAGAUUUACGUAUCAGGCGAGGCCGACAAGGUGGAGAUCACCAGUGCCCCGAUGGGAGGUGAUGUCGACUCGUACGACCUCGCCUGGAAGGUCAAGAGCUUCAGUCCAAUCAUCGAGUACAAAAUAGCGUACCGGAAAACUAAGGUGAACUCCACCAGCCAGGGGGCCGGGCCGUGGACCACCCUGACGGCGCCCACCACGGGCCGUCAGCCGGUGGCCGAUAUCCACUUUGAGCAGCGAGUGACGCUGCGUCACCUGACGCCGGCCACCGCCUACGACCUGCGCAUCCAGGCGCAGAACAAGCACGGCUGGAACCGGGUGUCGGACACGUUCCACUUCUCCACCAUCGGCAGAGCGCUGGAGUCCCGGAGCCUGCCGACUAGCGACGCGGGUCGAUUAGCCUGUCUCGUAUGGCGGCACGGCCUGCCGUACAGCUGGCUGCUCUACCUGGUCUGGUGGCGCUUGUAGAGCCAGACCGCCGCGGCGGCGGGCCGGCUGUCUCGCUCCUCUCUCUCCGGCGGCCGGCGGGUCUGAUGGAGUGGUCACUCAGACGCGCCCGCCUCUGUCCCGGAGGCGGACCGUCGCCGACGACGACCGACGACGUCUCAGACUUUUUCAUGGCCGUUCGGGCGGCCGCGGCUGCCCCCCGUUUUACAGCACUGUGUUAGCGGCCGCGGCGCCGCUGCCGAUGUCGGUAAUACAGCCCCGCUGGGGCAGGGAGGCAUACGGGCGGGCGCUACGUCCGAGUGACUGCGAACGCUCAGAGCGCGGGGGUCAAGAGGAACAGUCGGGGGUCAGGGAGAACAUGCAGGGCCAGGGGCCAUGGGCCAUGACAUAAGGCUCAGCAGGGGACGAUCAUGAAGCGUGCGACAGUCCUUAACAGUGUGGCCCAUCGCUUAGGUUGGUUUAGUUUGGAACCAUAUUUUCGUUCUAGAUUGAGAUGUCUUUAUUGCGUGUCCACGAACGAUUUUCGUGUCUCACAGUGGGUCUCAUGAUGUGAGUGUAAUUGGGAAGGGCCCACGGGAAUGAUCCUCAGGUCUCGCUGCGCGGACUGAGCCGGGGGUCCAUGGUGAGCUGACUGACAGCUGUGGGGAUCAUCGGCAGGGACCUGACGAGGGCUCACUGAGUGGGGAUGGGCCCGUUAAACGAGCCAGUGGUAAACUGACGGACCUUUGUGGAUCGAACUGGUUCGUUGAACUAUCCAGGGCUCGCCGGUUGAGCUAUGGACCACCAGACAGACUAUGAGUCAGUGGAGUUGUUACCGUACGGACCUGUAUUCACCGGUGUCUAUGUUCCUGGGCCGGUGAGGCGGGUCGUCUCAGCUCACAGGACUUGGCUCGCCACCGGGAUGUGACGUGUGUCUCAGUGCCUUUGUGAAUAUAUCUAGAAUCUCUUCACUGUGCGCGCCGCGUGACUCCGGUGAGUCACGCUGAGUCAAUCACUCUGUGAGUCUGAUUCAGAGAGCUACGCUAAUACUUGUAAUGUAGAUGUUCUUAAUAAAUGUGAAGAAAUACACCAAUGUGAGAUUAA